AUGCUUAGUUGUUUUAUUGGGAAGCUACAAAAGAGUUUAUCAAUGUUUGUACCAAGAAAGCAUGCAUUGAGCUACUGGGAUGAAGAUCAUGCCUCAAGCACGAGUGAUUUGGCCGAUGAUGUUACGAAAGGAUACUUUGCUGUUCUUGCAAGGAAGGGUGGGGAAACUAGAAGGUUUAUUGUGGGGUUAGAAUACUUGAAUGAUCCUGCUUUUGUGGGAUUGCUUGAUGAUGCUUGGGAGGAGUAUGGUUUCAGACAGAAGGGAACUCUUGUUGUUCCAUGUCGGCCGAUGGAGUUGCAGAACAUUCUAGAUGGUCACAAAACAUAG